AUGUAUUCCAAGUUGAUCCGCCGUUUGAACAACCUCAAGCAGCGGGUACCGCUGCUAAACCAGCUCCAUCUGAACUUCAUAUUCCUACACUAUACCUAUAUCUUAUCAUGGGUGAUCAUCGGCUCCAUCAUUGUCUUCUCCGGUGGCAACAUGUCCUACACGGAUGCCCUCUUUCACGCCUCCGGUGCCUCCACCCAGAGCGGGCUGAACACGAUUGACCUCAACAAGAUGUAUCUAUAUCAGCAGAUUGUGCUCUACUUUAUUACGAUGCUAUGUACGCCCAUCUUCAUCCACGGUGGCCUGGUAUUUAUCCGACUAUACUGGUUCGAGAAGCGGUUUCAGCAUGUGGUGCGGGAUGCGCGUGCUUUGCGCACGACUCGAUCUCGCAUGGACACGGUGACCCAGGAUAAGGAGACGCAGGAGGUGAGCCGUGCGGAGCAGGGAGUUGGGGGUCGCUCGAUCGUGGUGCUCCGGAACAAUGCUGGUGAUGCCCGAGGCAGUCGACUCCCCAACCCGACGGCCCAGGUCCCCGAGCUCCAAACGGAUGACGAGGCUCCCGAUGGCAAAAAGCCCAGCGAGCACUCUAGCUCAGAGGAUACCGAGGAACCCGCCAUGGAACGUCGACUUGGCUUGGGAAGUCUACGAGUGCCUACUCAGCUGAGUCCCGAGCAUCACAUCGCUUUCCUCGAAAAUCAACGCAAGAGCAAAGGUGCCCUGCGCAUCCCGAGUCCUCGCGAGUACGAUCGGGGUGGAGUUCCUGAGGCACUAGACGAGGGCGAGGAGGAAGAGCACAACCAGGCGGAACAGCCAUCAAGCCCCCGAUCGGACCGCCGACGGAGCUCAACAGAUUCCGGUGAGAACGAUCAACUUGGUCCGCUGGAAGGUCCGCUGGAAGGACCACAUAUUACGAUCAACGAGCCGGACUUCACCCGUACCCGCACUCGCGGCAACACCUUUUCCCGUCUAGACACGAGGCCAACAAUUCGCGAUACCAUGACCAAAGAUGUUGAUGGUGAGAAUGCACUGGGUCCGUCGACAACCAAGAAUACCUUUCGGGGUAUCUUCCGGUCGCUCACCCAGGAGCAAGAACGGCCUACGCAACCGUAUCUGAGCUGGAACGCGACCGUGGCGCGAAACUCCAACUUUGUGGACUUGACCGAGGAGCAACGCGACGAGUUGGGUGGAAUUGAGUAUCGUGCGCUGAAGACCCUGGCAGUGGUUCUGAUUUCCUAUUACGUGGGCUUCCAUCUCUUGGGUGUGAUCUGCAUGGUUGGUUGGAUUAUGACAGUGGAUACCUGGGGUACCGUGGUGACUGGCGAUGGGGUUGGACGGCCAUGGUGGGCAAUUUUUACAUCUGCGUCUGCCUUUAACGAUUUGGGUUUCACCUUGACACCCGACUCGAUGACCUCGUUUCAGAGGGCGGUAUUCCCGUUACUCCUGCUGUCAUUCUUGAUUAUUAUUGGCAAUACGGGAUUCCCCUGCAUGCUGCGUUUGAUGAUCUGGACACUGUCAAAAUUUGCCCGACAGGGUACGGCGCUGUGGGAGGAAUUGAAGUUCCUGCUUGAUCACCCUCGUCGAUGCUUUACUCUUCUGUUCCCUCGGAAUGCCACUUGGUGGUUGUUUGCAAUUUUGGUGGCGCUGAAUGGCAUUGAUGUGAUUUUCUUUAUUAUCUUGGACCUGAACGAUUCCACUGUGACUACUCUGCCACCUGGUAUCCGAGUCCUCGACGGUCUGUUCCAGGCUGCAGCCACUCGAACUGCCGGUUUUGGCAUCGUGAGUCUGUCGGACCUCCACCCGGCCAUUCAAGUCUCGUACUUGAUCAUGAUGUAUAUCUCCGUCUUCCCCAUUGCCAUCUCCAUGCGUCGAACCAACGUGUACGAAGAGAAGAGUCUGGGGAUCUAUGGCGUCGAAGAAGAGAACGAUGAAGAAACCCAAACCGCCCCCAGUUAUAUUGGUGCUCACUUGCGGCGUCAGCUGAGUUUCGAUCUGUGGUACGUGUUCUUAGGACUUUUUGUUAUUGCCAUCGCCGAAGGUAGUCGCCUGGAGAGCACCAGUGACUAUAGUUUCCAACUGUUCACCGUGCUGUUUGAGGUGGUCUCGGCCUACGGUACUGUGGGCUUGUCAUUCGGAUACCCGGGUGUCAACACAUCUUUCUCCGGGCAAUUCAAUGUGGUCUCCAAGCUGGUCAUCAUUGCCAUGCAAAUCCGUGGCCGUCACCGUGGCCUACCAUAUGCACUGGACCGUGCCGUACUGCUACCAUCCGACGCGUUGAACAGAACCGAGGCCGCCGAGUCCGAGCGCCGCAUGCGCCGACGUGCAUCGAAUCUCAGUGGUGGUGAAUCCUUCGGUCGGCCACGAUCGCGCGGUUAUUCGCAGUCGCAGGCCGACGGCGGCCUGUCCACGGGUCAUGAAUCGCAUGAUUGGCAGACUCAUCCCGCGCCGAACGGAGAUGGUCUCGUGCAUCGCUCAUCGACUGUUCGCUCGAACCGGUAA